UAUCCACGAGAUCUAUCCCAUCAUGGAAGCAGGCGGCAAUGAGAUCUCGCGCCUGUCGGAGGAAGUCCUGGCGUCGAUCCUCUCCCUCACGUCGCCGCCUGACGCAGGACGCUGUGCCGCCGUCUCCCAUGCCUUCCUCGCCGCCGCGGACUCGGACGCCGUCUGGUCCCGCUUCCUGCUCCACGACCUCCCACGGUUCGCUCAGGGCGUGCUCUGCCGCGCGCCGCCGUCCAAGAAGGGCUUGUUCCGAUGCCUCUCCGACCAACCGGCGCUCCUCCCAGACAAGCUCGUGAGCAUGCGGCUGGACCGGGCUACUGGCGCCAAGUGCUACAUUCUCUCCGUGAGGUCGCUGCAUAUUUCGUGAGGCGAGACAAGACAAUACUGGGAAUGGAUCAAGCUCCCUUCUGAUGAUAUCCAAGCAAACAAGAGCUUCUUUGAAGCAGCUCAGCUUUGGGGAGUUUGGUGGUUAUUAAUCCGUGGCAAAAUACAUAGCACAAUGCUCUGCCGGAACUCCAAGUAUGCUGCUUACAUGGUGUUCAAACUAGCGGAUGAGUUCAGCAAGCUUGAUUUCCCGUUUCAAGUGGCAUCAAUAAGUGUUGGAGGGAAUGAUUCAUCAACACGCCAAGUUUGCCUCCAAGCUUACAUGGAGGAUGGGGAUGACGGAGUAUCUCGCAAACAUAUCUUGAGGUCAAGUUGGGAAAGCUAUCUGCCUCAUACGAAACGCCGUGCAAUUCCUCUCACGGAUGCCGUUAUGCUCCCUCGAAAAAGGGCUGACGGCUGGAUGGAGGUCGAGCUAGGCGAGUUCUACAAUGGAGAAGGAUGUGACGGUGAUGUGUUUGUGACCCUAAUGGAGACAGAAGCAGGAAAUUUCAAGAGUGGUCUUAUUGUGUGGGGUAUGGAGAUUAGAACUAAGCAACGAUGUUGAUGAGCUUGUUGGGUUAAGAACCGUCGUCUACAUUCCUUUCUAAAAAACAAUCCGUUUGAGUUGUUGCAAGUGAAACAUGAACUAUCCGUCCAAAUUUUCGAAACCAUUCAUCGACGAAAGUACAUGACUGUUGCUAUUUGUAACAAAGUAUA